ACAGCGGGCAGGGUGGGCGCCGCCUCCUGUCUCGCGCGAAACAUCAAAAGGAAUGCAAGGAUGUGGUGCUGUGGCAUUUCAAGCAUGGCGGUCAACAAGCUUGGAGAUUCCGUCCUCAAUUUCGCCGUGGACUUGUGCCACCAGCUGUCGCCAAAGGGCGUCCAUAAAGGGAACAUCUUUUUUUCGCCAUUCAGCAUCUCGGCUGCUCUUUCAAUGGCUCUUGGAGGCGCACGCAAAACAACUGCCAAGGAAAUGUCGGCUGUCCUUCGAGUCGACGGCGAACAGAUGCACAAGCACUUUUCGGACUUCCUCUCGAAACUACCAUCCUGCGCUGCCGACGUGAAACUCCAUAUUGCCAACCGAAUGUACUGCGAAGAGACGUUUCCAGUCUUGGAAAGCUACCUGGCUCUUUUGGGCGACAGCUAUGGAGCUACUAUCGAGUCCGUCGAUUUCAGGAAUGACUACGAGAACAUUCGACGGCAAGUCAACUGCUGGGUUGAACGAGCCACAGAAUCCAAGAUAAGAGAUCUCCUUCCCAGAGGUAGCGUGAACGCUUUUACCACUCUUAUCCUGGUAAACGCCAUUUACUUUAAGGGCUUCUGGGAGUCACAGUUCAGCCCUGGUGCUACUCGUAGUUCUGAUUUCCACCUGGACUCCAAAAACAAGAAACUGGUUGACAUGAUGUACCAAGAGGACCGUUAUAGCAUCGCCAGAAGCGAGGAACUCGGUGUCACGGCCCUGGAGAUACCAUACCGAGGCGGCGAGACUUCCAUGGUCGUGCUUCUACCCAACAACGUUGAAGGACUGUCCAACCUCGAGAAGCUGUUGACCGCUCCGAAGCUCGCGAAACUGCUGAACAAUCUUGGCGGCUUUGUGAACGUUGAGCUAUAUCUGCCGAAGUUCAAAUUGGAAGAGGCGAUCGGUCUGAAAGAAACGUUGCAAGAAAUGGGAAUCAAUGAUUUCUUCUCGUCGGAAGCGGACCUGUCCGGCAUUAGCGAGAAGGAAAAUCUGUCAGCGUCUGAUGUGGUUCACAAGGCGUUCGUAGAAGUAAAUGAAGAGGGCACCGAAGCCGCGGCUCUCACAGCAGUAGGGGUAGCAUACCACAGCAUGCCCCCUAGGCCGACACAGACCUACAAGUUUGUUGUGGAUCGGCCAUUUAUGUUCCUCAUUCGUUGCUGCGAUCCAGAUGUCGUACUCUUCAUGGGCUCCGUUCGCGACUUGUAAAUGAAACGCAUAAAGUGCUUUGCUUCUUUGCUGAUCAUUUUUAUCGAUGUUACAAAUGGCUUGCCGAUUGAAUAUUCCUGAGAAUUAUAGAUAUUGCAGAAUAAAAUAAAUAUUGCAAUAAA